AUGGAAGAAGAAAAAAAGGAGAAACCUUUUGGUGGCGGUGGUGGUAGCGGCGGUAGCUGCAGUAGCGGCGGCGACGGAGAAGCCCGAGUGGUGGGAGUUGGCGGCGGCGGUGGCGGCAGCGGCAGCGGCGCUAGUGGCGGCGGCGAGAGCAAAAGCUUCGUGUAUGUGCGCGAGCUGGGCCUGGAGACACGCCACCCUUUGCUGGAGCACGGAGAUGACACCGACGCAGCCAUAGAUUGGAUCUUUCACUCGCAUGUCCGCCUCGUACGCCAAAGUGUUGACGCAAUCCUCGCGGAAGCAGACGGGGAGCUCGUUGAGCAUCUUGCUCACGUUGGAGACGCCGAAGACCUUGUGAACGUUGGCGAAGCGCUCGGGCUGGUCGGGCGGGAAGUAUGGCGCGAACAGGCACUCGGGCGUGCAGCGCCGCCGGAGGUUUCGGCAAGCUGCGCAGGCGGAGGUGGAGGGAGAGAUUUUGGUGGUGGGAGGAGAGAUUUUGGGGGUGACUUUGGAGAUUUUGGUGGUGGUGGUCGUGCCGCUGCUGCUGCUGCUGCUCCGACAUCUUUUUUUACUUUGUCUUUUCAUCCAACUCCCGGCAUUUUGCGCGACCAGCUUCCGCAGCUUCAGUUGAAAUGUCAGUUGAUUGGCCACUGA